UUUCAUUGUGACAAUUUUCUUUCAAUAUACUGUUUUAAGUCCAAUAUUUUGGAAUAAUAUAUUGGGAAACAUAUUGUUAAAUCAAAAUAGAAUUUCAAUAUGAUUUUACUUGAACAAUAUGAGCAACAAUAUGCUGUGUUAAUAGCGGAAAUCACAUCUGAAAUAGCUCAACUAAAGCAGUUGAAAGGGGUGGAAAAACGAGAUCUUAGCUCUAAAAUAGAUGGAAGUCUUGCUGAAGCACAUGAACUGUUAGAACAAAUGACUUUAGAAAUUCGCGACAUAGACGUAACAUUACGCCCAAGUUUCCAAAAUAAGGUCAGUUGUGCACAAGUAGAAUUGAAAAGGCUUCAAAAUGAUUACCGUAGUGCUAAAGAAGCUCAGCAAAAACAACAUAUGACAGUUUUAGAACUGGGCGGAGGAGACGGCGACUAUUAUGAUGAUGUAUCCAUUGGCAAUGAUCAGCGACAACGCUUAUUAGAAAAUUCGGAGCGUAUAGAACGUACGGGAAAUCGUUUGGCUGAAGGAUAUCGCGUAGCGCUUGAGACAGAAGCUUUGGGAGCGCAUGUGCUUAAUGAUUUAAGUCAUCAGCGUGAAAUUUUGCAAGGUGCGCGUUCACGUUUGAGAGAAACUAAUGCAGAUUUGGGAAGAGCUUCAAGAACACUAAACUCUAUGAUGUUACGAGCAUUGCGAGAAAAGGCUGUAUUAUAUGUAGUUGGCGUUUGUUUUGUUGUCGCUGUAGGUGUAAGUCUUUACUUGACAUUUUCAUCAAGUGCCCCUACCGCUUAAUAAAUUUAUUAAGGAAUUA